UUUUAUAAUAGCCAAGGCAAGAGGCUCGUCACAUUUUGAUGUUUUCAUUGGUCAAUUUAUGAAGGUGUGUGGUCAUGUUCUGAAUCGCGUGACUCUCCAAAAAAAAAAUUGCGACUGGUAUAAGUAACGUGUAAAAUGUUGGUGAUUUAAUUCAGUUUCAUACUUGCAACAGAGUUCGUUAGUUUGUCUCUUUCACUCAGUUUUUCAUGUCUUUUACUACACAGCGACAUGUGAAUCGUGAUGUCUGGUGAUGCAAUAUCAAGUGAGUCGUAAUUGCGUAGGGUGCGCUGCAAAACUGUGAUUAUCAGUGCUACUUAAAUAAGAUACCAAAUUGAAGGACUCUGUAACUACCAUGGCCAGCAUCUCUAUCGCAGCAUUCAACCGUGCAACCUGCAGCACCACAUGCAUCAAGACAGCGAUGCACAGGUCUGCAUUGAUGAAAAGUACUGGGUUGAAACACAGAUGUCUAAAGAUACACUCCAAUGUCUUCCGGUCCUCGACAAGAUUGAGCUCAGGUUACGUUACCAGGCAGAACAUCGGGGUUGUUGGUGUGCCCAUCCAUGAAGGACAGGGCCACAUGGGUGUAAUGUACGGACCAUCAGUUAUAAGAGAGGCUGGCUUGAUGUCAAGAUUUAAGCAGAUGGGGUUGAAUGUUGUAGAUCAUGGUGAUUUGAAAUACGAGUCAGUCCAAGAAGACAAGGUCCAAACGGGAGUCUUGAAGAGUAAUAGGACGCUAGGAGGAGCGUUACACAAGCUUUCGGACACUGUCUACAGCAUCAUGAAAGACCACGACCAGGCCUGUGUGGCGCUGGGCGGGGACCACAGUCUCACGAUAGGAUCGCUGCACGGCCACGCCCAGGCCGAGCCCGAUAUGUGCGUGGUGUGGAUCGACGCCCAUGCCGACAUCAACCUACCCCAGGUAUCCCCCUCGGGAAAUCUCCACGGUAUGGUGCUGUCAUUCCUGGUGUAUGAGUUGAGGGACUAUAUGCCUACCAUACCAGGGUUUGAAUGGGUCAAGCCGUGUAUGUCGGUCAACGACAUUGCUUAUAUUGGGAUCCGAGACUUGGACGAGUGCGAAAGUUACAUCAUGAAGCAGAAAGGAAUCACAUGUUUCACCAUGCAUGACGUGGAGAAGAUAGGCGUGGCAGAGACGUUAAGUCGCUCCUUAGAGAAAAUCAACCCAAAGGGUAAUCGACCAGUUCAUCUAAGCUUUGACAUUGACUCGUUUGACCCCCACGUAGCUCCAAGCACAGGAACACCAUGUUUUGGUGGUCUGACAUACAGGGAAGGCCUGUAUCUUGCAGAGGAGCUAGGAACAACAGGUCUGGUGAACAUGAUAGACGUGGUGGAGGUCAACCCAGAGUUGGGCUCGCAGAUGGAAGAGGAGAAGACAUCCAAAGCAGCCGUCAACAUCAUCUGUGCUGCGCUGGGUGAGACGAGGAUGGGCUACGUGCCUCCAGACUACCACCUACCAAAGCCUUAAUGAGGGGCUGUACAGAGGCCACUGCUAUCACGAGCGAGGGGCGGUUCUGCAGAGGUACUUCAGGUACUGUCAAUUUUAACCGUCCAAGGGCUCCGUGCAUGAACUGUACCCAGCUUGCAAGAGCCUGUCUUACUUCCUCUGUCACUGUUGGGAAGUGGCUUGUGCACCGAGUCCAUAAAUCAGUUCUGCUGCGCAUGUGUACAUCAAGACCCCACAAUUUUAUUCCUUCCAGCGUAUGUAAACUGCUAAAAAAUCUUGCUCCACUUAUGUAGGGACUUUAUUCCAUCUACAAGGAAAAUUGCAGACUGCAUAUUUGGCCACUACUGCCGACAUAAACUCAUGUACAUUUUUUUCUGUCGUAUUUUAGCGUAAGCUAAAAUAUUGUCAUAUUUUGAUGUACACAUGCGAAGUUGGAAUUCUGAACUGAGUUCUGUCAAAUUCGAAAACCUUCCGUGGAAGCAAUAUUUGUUCAAAAGGUUGAAAUGUGAUGUGAGAAUCGAUUUUUUUUUUUUUUUGUUACUGGUGACUGUACGUGUAGGUCUUUCCCACCAUUUGCCUUAUUGGAUAUAAAUCGUAAUGCAAAUAUCAUGGCUGGAGUAACUGUUUUUGGAACUUACCAAAGUUAGUGAUAAUCUGACACUUUUGAAGUGAUGUAAUUUAAUAUCAGCAAAUUACGGAAGCUUAAAGUGACCAUCCUGAUUUCUGAGAUUUCGUGAUAAAUUAUCACGUAAAGAUGGAAUGGUAGGAAUGCUGAAAUAAUUUAAGAAGUCUUUCUCUGAAGCUACAUCUCAGAGAGACGUCUUUCUUUGAAAUGUUAUCUCGGAAGACCAGAGUUGUAAUGAGUCACUGAUUUUUGUGACUUGAUUCGAGUCAUUUCAUUUUAAAGCAGUGACUCGAGUCAAUAAGGGUUAGUCGAGUCACAGUGUAGUCGAGUUGA